AUGAGCGGCCCAUUCUCCAGGGAUGUCCACGUCAAGAGCAUGGAGCAGACGGUGAAUCAUGCCGAGAAGUACCUGGGCCAGUUUUGCUCUCUGCUGUCUUCCUACACCAGGAAGACCGCCAAGCUGAGGGACAAGGCAGACCUGCUGGUCAGCCAGCUCUUUGACUUCUCCAGUACGGAGGACCCAGAGCUUCGCAUCGGCCUCAGGAACCUGGCUGAAGAUCUGGCCAUGGUCCAGGACUAUCGGCAGGCUCAGGUGGAGAGGCUGGAAAUGAGAGUCGUUGCUCCUCUCAAAACCUAUGGAGACAUCAUCAAAAAGAAAAGGGCAGAUCUGAAGAAGUUCAACGCUGACCGGGGCAGAGAACUGAAGGAACUGCAGAAACUGGAGAAAGUCCGACUGAGGAACCCGGCAGACAGGCAGAGCAUUUCUCAGGCGGAGGUCAAUGCUCAGACGGCGUCCAACAACGCUCAGCGCAGCACCAGACAGCUAGAGGAAACCAUCACCGACUUCCAGAGACAGAAACUGGAAGACCUUAAGGGGAUUUUCACAGACUUCAUUACCGUGGAGAUGCUCUUCCAUGCCAAAGCUUUGGAAGUCUAUACGCACACGUUCCAAAACUUGGAGGCCAUGGACAUAAACAAGGAUUUGGAGUUGUUUAGUGAGAGGAUCAGGAUGUCCGACCCUUUGUCUAGGCCACGGGACACCCUGCCGGCCAGCCGCUGCUCUUCCUCCACGAGCCGCCGUGCCAGCCCCACUCUGGCAUCCAUCAGGGACCAAAGCCUCAGCCCCACCCUCAACUCCACAAGGGGCCACAGGUUCAGCUCAUCCCUGGCCUCCACUAGGAGCAAAAGCCACAGACUCCAACAAAGGCAGUACCCGGACAUACUCAGGAGGGGGGAGGAGGAGGGGGAAGUGGAACAAGAGGAAAAUGAAGAAGAAGAAGAGGAUGAGGAAGAGAUGUAUGAAUCAGAUAUAGAGGCUCGACACACAAACAGGCAAUCUUACGCUGCUCGAUAUGCCCAGAUGCACAGACAGCAUAAGUGA